AUGGGUGACGUGGAAACGAACCGACGCGUAUGGGGCGCGAACACGACGCGACCAUACCCGACAAAGUCGAUUUGGGAUUUUGCGUUCGAGGCGCUCGAGGACGUCACGUUGCGCGUACUCGUAAUCAGCGGUGCGUUGUCGCUCGUGUUGGAAACGUCCAUCGGGGGCGAUGAUUCAGAGUAUAGUUGGGCGAAUGGAGCUGCGAUACUUCUCGCGGUGUGCAUCAUCGUCGUCGUGGAGUGCGUGAACAACAACGAAAAACAGAGAUCGUUUGUCAAUCUCAACGCACGAAGCGAACAGACAAACGUCGCGAGCAUUUUACGCGGUGGGAAUCGUGAGCUUUUGAGGAAGAGUGAAGUCGUCGUUGGAGACGUCGUGGAGCUGCAAGCGGGAGACGUUGCACCGUGUGAUGGCUUAGUGAUCGAGAGUGCGGCGUUUUUGGUCGAUCAAAGUCACAUUACCGGCGAGAGCGAUGAUAUUGAAAAGAAUCGUCAAUCGAUAAUUUUCGCUGGAAGCAAAGUCACGUCUGGACGCGGAUCGAUCCUGUCGAUCGGCGUCGGUGAGAAUUCGUCUAGUGGACAAAUUGCAGAGAUGAUCAAUGUCGGUGCCGAAGAGUUCACGCCGCUGCAGUUGCAACUGCAGGCGCUUGCCGUCAAAAUUGGUCGCUGGGGCAUCAGCGCCGCAUUGGUCGUCGGUUUCAUUUUAAGCUUUACGCUCGUAUUUGACGCAAUUCAAGGGACUGGUCCGCCCAUCGAGGCGCUCGGUUUGGAUUUCUUGCAUAUCGUCAUCAUCGCCAUCACCAUCGUCGUCGUAUCGGUGCCCGAGGGCUUACCACUCGCCGUGACGCUCGCUCUGGCAUUUUCCGUCAGGCGCAUGCUCGAGUUGUCCAUGCUCGUCCGCGUCCUAGGCUCCGCCGAAACCACAGGCGAAGUCACGGCUUUGCUCAUCGACAAGACUGGGACGGUGACUGAAAACGACCAACGCGUUAAUCGCGCGUGGAUCGCGGGUGUAGAUAUCGGACCUCUAACGAGCAAAAGCGUGACGUGGGCGAGUGAAAUUGCAAACAAGACGCGAAACGAGCCAACGCUCGAUCCUCGCGUGGUGAAACUCCUGUCGAUUUUGCUCGCAAUGAACUCGACCAUAACCUACGAUGCCAAAGGGCAAAUUUUGCGAGGAGCAAAGGCGGAAAUCGCGCUGUUACGAUUCGUUAACUCAAUGAACAACGACGAAUUGUUCGUCGCUACGAUUCGUAAGUACUUCCCUUUGGUCAAGCUCUUUCCAUUCAACACUUCCAGAAAGCGCAUGUGCACGCUCUUCACACUUCGCGACGGCAUCAACGACGACGAAAUGGGAGACGUGAUCGUUCGUGCGGUCACGAAGGGCGCAUCUCAAGACAUGUUGAACUUGUGUUCAUCUGUCAUGGACGAAAACGGCGCCCAUCAUCCACUCGACGCCGCUACGAAGGAUCAGCUGUCGAAAAAGUUUCUCGAAUGGCAAGAUGACGCGGAAAGGGUAUUACUCGUCGCGUAUAAGGACAUCGAACGCGAUCUCAUCACAACGCAUGAAGCGACGAAUAUUUGCAGUCGAAUGAGCGCCAGCGACGCUGAAUCCGACCUCACGCUCGUCGCAGCAAUCGGGAUGUGCGACCCUUUGAGGCCAGAAUCCACGAAGAGCGUGCGUUUAUGUCGCCGCUCUGGCGUCGCAGUGAAGAUGGUCACUGGGGAUUCGUUGUCCACCGCUACCGCGGUGGCAAGGAGAUGCGGAAUACUCGAUGAAAAAGACAUGAGCACCGAAGCAACGAUGACGGGUGAAGCGUUUCGAGAAGCAAUUCGUGGAGAAGAGGGUCAAGAAAUCGAUCAAUCGAAACUCGAUGCCAUUUGGCCGAAUUUGCGAGUGCUCGCUCGCGCGUCGCCACAAGACAAAUUCAUCCUUACCGAUGGUAUACGCAACACAAAGCUAUCGGGACGAAAAGAAGUUGUAGGGGUUGUAGGCGACGGCACAAACGACGCGCCCGCACUUCGACGCGCCAAUGUCGGUUUCGCUUUAGGCUCGGGGACGGAGUGCGCCAGAGAUGCAAGCGAUAUUGUUCUUCUGCAGGACGAUUUUUCUUCCGUCGUCGACGCCAUUCGUUACGGCAGGAACGUGUUUGAAUCAAUCGAAAAGUUUAUCACGUUCCAACUGACGGCGAAUUGUACGACAAUCAUUCUGUCCACCGGCUGCGCACUUGUGUAUGCGAAGAGCCCGCUGAACGCCAUCGAGCUAUUGUUUGUCAAUCUUGUCAUCGAUUCGUUGGCAAGCUUAGCGCUCGCGACGGAUGAGCCGAGCGACGACGUGAUGCGACAGCCUCCGUCAGAUGCGAGCAACCUCAUCACGUCAACCAUGCGGCUCAAUAUCUUCACCCAAGUUUCGUAUCAGCUCGCCGUCAUGGCGUACUUGCUCAACGAAUUCGGCCCGGAAGACACCCAAAUCUACUGUUGCUUCGUCUUGCUUCAGCUCGCGAAUCAAAUCAACUGUCGCAAAGUUACCACGGAGGUCAACGUUUUCAAGGGUGCGACGAAGAACAAGCUCUUCGUGAGCCUCUUGACGAGCGAGAUUUUGCUCCAUGUCGCCAUCGUGCAAGCGGGCGGCGCGGUGUUUCACACCUCUCCGCUCAAUGCGGGAGAGUGGCUGCGAUGCACCGCGUUCGCGCUCGGGGCGAUUCCUCUGCGCGCAUUGUUCGUGACAUUUUUUGUUUCACUCUUCGCCGCGUUUCGGGAAGAGGACGCGUUGCACCAUCACUAG